AUGAAUCCUGCUAGAAAGCGACAGCUACCUACCUUGCUCAGCGAAGCUACAGGCACUCCACGUCGCUCUAAACGGAUCGCAUCUCAGACUGGAUUCAGAGAAGUUUCACCCAGCACUACAGUUGCUGACAAGGACUCGCUGUUUGCUGACGACGACCAUGACCAGCUAUUGACUAUAGGGACUGGAAAGCACUUCCUGUCAAAACCACAUCUCAUACAUCGUAGGCCUGCUGCUGCAUUAUUGCCCAACGAAGUGUUAUCAUUGAUAUUUCGAUGCCUUGCCAGCUCAUGGAUAUUCAGACCUAUUCCAAAGUCACCUCUGUCAGCUCGCAUCGAGCUUCUGCAAUGUGCACUGGUUUGCAGGAAUUGGUCGUCUGUUGCCCUGCAGACCAUGCAUCAGGCUCACUACAUCUCCAAGGUUAUUCCUCGCAUUGAGAUGCCUCAACUGACACAGGCUCUUGCUAACCAUACCAGCGAAUGGAGUUAUGUUUGCAUGAUGGCUCUGGUGUGUCUUCAUCGCCCAGAAUGGAACAUGGGUGCUCCUCGCUUGUUUUAUAUCGAUCGAUCUCGGCUACUGCAAACUAUAUUUCCUGGCCAACAUUAUACCCAAACCAGCAGAAGCUCUUUAUCUUCAUUCAGCUCAUCUGCAGAGGCUCUGGCUUCUUCUGUUAAUACCACUAAAUUACUCGACAGUCAAGACCUCCCAGAACACGAUGAAGCAAGGCUUGUCAAACUAUUUGCUCUGCGUCAUCCUAACCCUGCAGAUCCUGCCUGGUCUACCAUUGUUGCUUGCUCAAUGGACGUGCAGGAUACAUUUAUUGAGUUGGCCACUGGAAAACCUUGUAAUUCAUUUGAAACCACCACUAUUGACAGUGAUGACGUUGUCGAUACUCAGUUGGCUCAAGUCAAUGCUCAGCCUGAUGCGUGCUUUCAUCGGUCAGCAAUUGAAGACUCUCAUCAGCAUACUAUGGCUUUGAAUUCAUUCAAGCUUGACGAAUAUUUUAAAGUAACUCGCAAACCUAAUGUAAAUGGCUUAGAUCGACUAUUGGCAUCACAGGUAUCUGCAACCAUUGCCGACAUUAGUAUGUUGGCUCCACCCUUCAAUAUUCACACUCCUGGACCUGUCGUUCCUGGUUCCCCCAGUACUGGAUCUCAUUCUGCUCAUCAUUCGUCCAUUGUACCAUAUUCCUCCCAUCCAGACAAGUCCGUGUUGGCCAAUACACAUUUUAAAAAGUCACAUACGUUUCCGACCGACGCUGUGGAAAAUGUGACUCUUACCGAGUUUUCAGGCAAACUUAUCCCCAACCAAUACCACAUCCCUAUGAUGAUGCGCUACUCUGAGCGCAUGGAUAUUGGCUGCUUCUUUGUAUUCAUCAAUCUGGGUGCAAACCGUGGCUCUAUUUUGCUUCGUGCUAAACCUGUUGGCUUACUUUCCGAUGCAACACCAUUUGGAAAUGGUAGUCUAGUACUUUGGGAUGAUCGCGCAUAUGGGUGUUGCUCAAGAUGUCGACGACGCCUUUUACGUGUGCAAGUCUGCGCUGAUUGCCGUAUCGCUCAGUUUUGUUCUAGAGCAUGCCAAAAGCACGAUUGGGACAGUGGACAUCGCACUAUUUGUCGCACUUUAGGCUUACAAUAUGCCAUCUCUCCUGCUGACUUGAUCAUGGAUCCUAGAAAUGAGCCCCAGAUCUGA